AUGAAAACUGCUGCUUGUUGUAUUAUUGGUGAUGAGAUUCUAUCAGGAAAAACCAAAGAUACUAAUUCACAUUAUUUAGCAAAAACGUUAUUUGAUCUUGGAAUCGAAUUAAAAUGUAUCCGAGUCAUUGGUGAUGAUGCACAAGAUAUCAUUCGAACAGUAAAAGAAUUGUCUUUAUUAUAUGACAUUGUAUUCACUAGUGGUGGCAUAGGUCCAACUCAUGAUGACAUUACAUACGAAUCAAUAGCAACUGCUUAUAAUUUAGAAAUGAAAGUGGAUCAAACAACUUUCAAUAUGAUUAUGAAAUACGGCAACAAAAAUUAUACUUUAACAGAAGAAUACGCACGCCAUCUCGCUACCUUCCCUUUUCCAGCAAUUUUGUUAAGAGAGAAUAAAAAGCUCAUGAUACCCGUAGUUGUUGUGAAUGAAAAUAUAUAUAUUUUACCCGGUAUCCCCGCUUUAUUUCAACUUUUGCUUGAUACACUUGGAUCAAGAUUAAGUCAAAACACACCUUAUUAUAGACUUGAGAUUGCUACUGAGCAACCUGAGAUGGCUAUUGCUACUAUCUUGCGUAAAAUACAACAACAAGUACAACAUGUAGUAAAGAUUGGAAGCUAUCCUACAUGGCAACAAGAAGAAGAGAAAAUUAAAGUGAUCGUGACUGUAACAGGACAAGACAAGUCCAAAGUAAAAGAAAUUAGUCAAUGGAUCCAAAAGGAAAUACGAGGGUGGCCUCAUAGGAGUCGUCUCUAA